AUGCUGCACGAUAGUAAUUGGACUUCACGACUACCAUUCGAUAUCACUCUGGCGAACUUUCGGCCAGACAGUCGCCUUGCGGAAAUUGUCAAGAGGUAUAUCUGGUUACUGUUUUCCAAAUUUAUUCGCGUUCUCCAGUCUUUUACGGAUCACAGAUUCUAG